AACUAACAUUUGUACUCUUACCUUUACACAGCUUCUUGUACUAACAGGCUGAAACUCAAAAUAGAAUAUUUGUUCUUUUGUGGGGAACAUGAGCCUGCUAAAUGUAAUGCUGGGUGAAAGCACAGUUUUCCUUGUUGUUAUUCUGGCUUUUUUCUGCAUUCAUUUCUAUAUUAAAUCAAUAUGGUCUUCACCAAAAAACUUUCCAAGGGGACCAACACCACUCCCACUUAUUGGAAACCUGCAUCUUCUGGAUCUGAAGAGACCGCAGAACAGUUUAAUGAAGCUGGCAGAGAAGUAUGGAAAUAUAUACACUUUUCAUAUGGGCCUGCAAAAACUUGUAGUUCUGGCAGGAUAUGAGAUGGUGAAAGAUGCCCUAGUAAAUCAUGCAUAUGAGUUUGGAGACCGGGGACAUGUGCCUAUCUUUGAAGAAACAGCACAGGGAAAUGGUUUGAGUUUUGGUCGUGGAGAAUCUUGGAAGCAAAUGAGAAGGUUCACCUUAACUACACUGAGGGACUUUGGAAUGGGAAAGAAAACCAUAGCAGACAGAAUAGUGGAAGAGACAACAUACCUUAUAGAGGUUUUAAAGUCUUACAAAGGCCUACCAUUUGAAAAUACAAUGAUAAUAAAUUCUGCUGUAUCCAACAUCAUCUGCUCAAUCGUAUUUGGAGAGAGAUUUGAUUAUAAAGAUGAGAAGUUUAUCGGCAUUUUAAAAGUAAUGAAUGAAUUUGUAAAGCUUUCAGGAAGCCCAAUGUCACAGCUUUUUAAUUGUUUUCCAUUCUUGCGAUUUCUUCCUGGUGAUCACAAAAGCAGCUUUCAGAAGAGAAGGGCAUUGUUUGACUAUUUAAACAAGGCAUAUCUGGAUUUUAAAUCAAAACUCAAUCCUAAUGAUUUGAGAAGCUACAUAGAGGCAUUCAUUGUCAAGCAAGAAGAGGAGGUCAAUAAAAUGGAAAAUGUUUAUUUUCAUGAGAAAAAUUUUCUGGUUUCGACAUCAAAUCUGUUUAGUGCUGGGACUGAAACAACUUCCACUUCUCUUCGUUGGGGUUUUCUUCUGCUGAUGAAAUAUCCUGAAGUACAACGAAAAGUUCAUGAGGAAAUUGACCAUGUCAUUGGAUCUGAGAGAAAUCCUACAAUUGAAGAUCGUAAAAAUAUGCCUUACACUAAUGCGGUGUUACAUGAGAUCCUAAGAUUUGGGAAUGUUAUUCCACUAAAUCUCCAACAUGAGACUGCUAUGGAUACUCAUUUUAGAGGUUAUUUUCUUCCCAAGGGAACCCAAGUAAUUCCUUUGCUUACAUCUGUCCUGUUUGAUAAAUCUCAAUGGGAAACACCAAAUGAGUUCAACCCCUCUCAUUUUAUUGGUGCUGACGGCAAGUUUGUUAAAAGAGAUGCGUUCCUUCCCUUUUCUGCAGGAAGAAGAGUUUGUCUUGGGGAGACACUGGCCAAGAUGGAGCUUUUUCUCUUUUUUACAGUUUUGCUGCAGCGUUUUACAUUGCUUCCACCACCUGGCAUUACUGAAAAGGACCUAGACCUUGAGCCUAUAACUGGUGGCACCUGUGCACCAAAGCCAUAUGAGAUGUGUGCUAUCUCUCGUUAACCUAAGACUCCACAGUCUGCAUUGCAUGUGCCAUACUGUUGCCAUCUUUGUUCUUGGUACUACUUCUUAAUGUGAGAACUUGUUUUAAAAUACCAUUUUUCUCAUCUUAAUUAAUGCGAUACUCAACAAGCAUGUUUCUAUGACACUACUGGGCCUCUGAUUUCUCACUGACCAAUCAUGUUUGAAUACAAUAAAAUACUGUGGUCAGGUAUUAAAUGCUUAAGGCAUUAAAGUUCAUAAAAACUGUAAUCUUGGCCAUUUAAAAUCACAGGCAAAUAGUCCCUAUUAUAGAUUUAUGAGGCUGACUGGUUCCAAAAUUAAGCUGUAAGUAUACUGAGUCAUAAACCAAAUAUGCACAUUUUGUCAUAACCAAA